GACAGCCUCUCACACAUCAUCUCUAUAGCCUCACCAACUGGGAAACUAACUCACCUGCAAUCCUCCAACCAAAUAACCCCCCAACGUUUUGACUACUGCCAUCUGACAUGGAGACCCAGCAAAGACACGGCCACCACUCACUUUGCCACACCUGCCGAAGAACGGAGAACAGCAGAAUGAAGGUCAAGAAGAUGUCUUCAUCCAGUCGUGCGCUGCUGUUUGCACUGGCCCUGACGCUCUACGUUGUGGAAAUGGCCUCGGCAGAGACGCUGUGUGGGGGAGAGCUGGUGGAUGCGCUGCAGUUCGUCUGUGAAGACAGAGGCUUCUAUUUCAGUACGUUUCACAGUAGGCCCAGCAGGGGUAACAACCGGCGCACCCAGAACCGUGGGAUAGUAGAGGAGUGUUGUUUCCGUAGCUGUGACCUCAACCUGCUGGAGCAGUACUGUGCCAAACCCGGCAAGUCCGAAAGGGACGUGUCGGCCACCUCUCUACAGGUCAUACCCGUACCACUAAAACAGGAAGUCCCAAGGAAGCAGCAUGUGACCGUGAAGUAUUCCAAAUACGAGGUGUGGCAGAGGAAGGCGGCCCAGAGGCUCCGGAGGGGUGUCCCCGCCAUCCUGAGGGCCAAAAAGUUUCGGAGGCAGGCGGAGAAGAUCAAAGCCCAAGAGCAAGCAAUCUUCCACAGGCCCCUGAUCAGCCUGCCUAGCAAACUGCCUCCUGUCUUGCUCGCCACGGACAACUAUGUCAACCACAAAUGAGCCCGCUGCCAGCCCUUUGCACAGACAAGAGUUUGGAGGGAGAAAAAAAGACUAGGGGAUUAUAGCUUUGUCUCUGACGUCAUUUCUGUGGCAGUCCACUCUGACCUCCCCUGCCCUGUCCGAGCCCACCAAUCCCUCCCCCUGCUCUCAUCUACUACUUCUUGACCCCCUGCCCCUUUUCUAAUGCCCCCCCAUCCCCACCCAUCCACCCUCCUCUGGCACACAAACAUGCCUUCACAUUCAUCCUGUCUGAACUCUUUCGCUCCCUCUCUCUUUCAGUCACUGACACAAAAGGCACAAACACAAAUGAUGAACAAAAAGUUAACAAUUUGGCUGAAUGCAAUUCAGGUGGAUCCUUAAGCAAAAGAGAAAAGGGAAGGGAGAAAAGAAGAUGAAAGAGUUCUGUGGUUUGCGAGUGUCAAGAGGACACCCAACGGAAUGUUUUUUUAUUUUUUUUGUCCUUGUGGAAGACAACUGAAAGUGAAGAGCAGCUUGCAUGAAAGAAUCCAUUCCACAUCAUUUUUCCUGAGGCAAAAAGAAAAUCUCUGUUAGUUCUUUUUCUUAUUAGUUUGCACCUCUACCUAUAAAGGGACUUCCACACUGUAAGGAAUUAUUUUGUAAAAUUAGAUUCCUGUUCCAGCACCUUUUGAUCACAAACAAAAAGCAGAAAAGAGUCUGCAAAUUGCACAUUGCCACGGAUUACGUCAAAGUAAAGAAAAAAAUGGCACUAUUUUUUUAUGAACAAUGAACGUGUAGCUUAAAAAAAUGUCAUGGUGCUAGCUUUGGGGAUGGACUCAAAGAAGAGGUUGAAAAGCACGUUUUUUUUCUUUGAAUGAAUAUUAAAACUUUCCGUUUUAUGGAAAGUGUGACUUUUUUAAAUAAAAAAAGGAAAAUAAAGGAUAUGGGGGAGCUCCUGGCAGUGGCAAUGUCAAGGGGGAAGUGUCACUGAGAAAAGAUACGGGCUGUGUUGGCAUCUUGACUCACAGCGAGUACUAGCGGCUGCUCAUCACUAGCUUGCCAGCAUAAGCGGCAAGAGGGACCUGAGACCCAGUCCCUGUUCCUCCUGUCUCUCUGAGGCUGCUGGACACAGGGAGCAGUGUGGGGACAUAUAUGGGACACCGUGGACUGCCUGGAUUUGGACAGUACUACAGUUCUGGGACAGUACUUCCUGUUUGCCAUGGCUUUGCAGACUGCUCUGACAGGAAGUAACAUGGCAUGGACAAAGAGCGAGUGGGAUAAUGAUGAUUAUAUUUUAUUUUGUCUUUUUUUUCCUGUUUUCUUUUCAUAUCAAUGUUUCAAUGAAAAAAAAGGAAAACCCCGUCAGUUUCUGGUACCGUGACAUUCCUGUUUUUCCAAGUUAGGCAUUUUUUUGUUUCCAUGGUUAUUGUUAUGAUGUUAUUUUACAGUUCUAAAGAAAGGCACAAAAAUUUCGAUUCAAAGGGAAAAAAACAGCAAUAAUGUCAACUAACAUUUUAUUUUUAUUGUAUAUCAGUAGUAUUCACAUGCUUUUGCCUGAAAACAAAUACUUGAAGAUACAUAUAUGUGUGUAUAUAUAUGUAUGUAUAUGUAUAUAUAUAUAUAUAUAUA